AACCUGAUAUGCAUCUUUGUUGUCUAUGAAAAGCCAUCUCAAUCCAUAAAUAACAACUGCAAACCAAUGCCAAUCCCACUUGUGACUUGUCCUCCUCUCAUUGCAUAUCUUUCUUUCCAUAUUCUUAAUCAGAUAUCCAUAAUUUCACUAUCCUUUGCUUCAUCUUUAUUCCUCCAUCAAUAAUGGAACUCAUACCAUCACUACCUACCUCUUCUCCGUUAUUGCAGUUCUUCAUCAACCGCGUCUGUUUUUCUUAUCUACUCUUCUCAAUGAUCACCAUCAUCCUCUUCCUCAUCAUCAUCAUCGCAAUCGCGCGUCUGUUAAAGAGCUUUUUCUGCAGCUGCGAAACGUGCCAGACAUACCUCACUUCAAGCUGGUCCGAAACCUUCGACAACCUCUGCGACUGGUACGCUCACCUCCUCCGAAACUCGCCGAACAAAACCAUCCACAUCCACGUUCUUCGGAACACGAUCACCGCCAACGCGGAGAACGUGGAGUACAUACUCAAGACUAAGUUUGAAAACUUCCCCAAGGGAAAACCCUUCUCUGCGAUCCUCGGUGACUUUCUCGGCAAAGGAGUCUUCAACGUCGACGGCGACGCGUGGCGUUUCCAGAAGAAGAUGGCGAGCCUACACCUCAACAACAACUCCGUAGUAGCCUCCUUCGCCUUCGAAAUCGUCAACGACGAAAUCAAGAACAGGCUCACCCCGCUUCUUCUAAUGAACCAGAAAAACGGCGUCGUGCUGGACCUGCAAGACGUGUUCCAGAGAUUCUCCUUCGACUGCAUUUGCAGAUUCUCCUUCGGGCUGGACCCAGAUUUCUGUCUAGAAUCUGGGUCCAUGCUCGUGUUUGCGAAAAGCUUCGAUCUUGCGUCGAAGCUUUCCGCGGAGAGGGCGACAGCUGUGUCGCCCUACGUCUGGAAGGCGAAGAGGCUGUUGAACCUGGGAAGCGAGAAACGGCUCAAGAAAGCCCUUAGAGUGAUUAACGCGCUGGCCAAAGAGGUGAUAAAGCAAAGGCGCGAAAAGGGUUUCUCCGAAAACAAAGAUUUGUUGUCAAGAUUCAUGAACACGAUCCACGACGAUGACACGUAUUUACGAGACGUUGUCGUGAGUUUUUUAUUGGCGGGUCGUGACACCGUGGCUUCGGCACUCACGAGCUUCUUUUAUCUCUUGGGGAAGCACCCUGAAGUUGAAUCGUUGAUUCGCGAUGAAGCAGAUCGCGUAAUUGGGCAUGACAAGGAUCUCACAAGCUUCGAAGAGCUUAAGCAAUUGCACUAUUUGCAAGCUGCGACACACGAAAGCAUGAGGCUUUUUCCACCGAUUCAGUUUGACUCAAAGUUUUGCUUGGAGGACGAUGUGUUACCCGAUGGGACAAAAGUGGAGAGUGGAACUAGGGUUACUUACCACCCCUACGCGAUGGGGAGGUUGGAGGAGAUAUGGGGUUGUGAUUGUUUGGAGUUUCGGCCACAAAGGUGGCUGAAGGAUGGGGUGUUUCAACCCAUGAAUCCGUUCGAGUACCCGGUUUUUCAAGCGGGGUUGAGGGUGUGUGUAGGGAAGGAAGUGGCUCUGAUGGAGAUGAAGAGUGUGGCAGUUUCGUUGCUGAGGAAGUUCCACAUCGAGUUGCUGGCACCCUUGUCUUUUGGGAACCCUCGCUUCUCUCCGGGGCUCACUGCCACUUUUAGUUUUGGCCUUCCCGUGAUGGUUCGUGAAAGAGGAACUACAACAACCACCAAACCAUCAAAAGGAGUCUAAUUCCAUUGAUUGAUAAAAAAGUCUUGCUGGUGGUUUUUGACUGUGUAUGUCGAUAUUGCUCAGUGGAUCCGACAAUAAUAAUUUAGUGCGCCACGAAAGCUGUGAAAUAUUAGUGUGUGUGAUUAUCUGUCUGAAUAUGUAAAAAUUAAAUCUGCAAUGUUGAUAAACAGCUUUAUAUAUAUGAU